CCAAUCCCCUCAGGCUCGCCUGCGCCCCGGGCCUCGGGCCGGUACCUGAAGUGGCCCAGGCGCCCUCCGCCCGCGGCGUCGCCCGGGUCGCCCCUCCCCGCGCCCCCCGCGCCUCCGCCUCCGCCUUCCCCCGCCCUCCGCCUCCCUUCCCCCUCCCCGCCCAGCAGCGGCCGCUCGGGCCCCGGCUGUCGGUUAUAAGAUGGCGGCGCUGAGUGGCGGCGGCGGCGGCGCGGAGCAGGGCCAGGCUCUGUUCAACGGGGACAUGGAGCCCGAGGCCGGCGCCGGCGCCGCGGCCUCUUCAGCCACGGACCCUGCCAUUCCGGAGGAGGUGUGGAAUAUCAAACAAAUGAUUAAGUUGACACAAGAACAUAUAGAGGCCCUGUUGGACAAAUUUGGUGGGGAGCAUAAUCCACCAUCAAUAUAUCUGGAGGCUUAUGAAGAAUACACCAGCAAGCUAGAUGCCCUCCAACAAAGAGAACAACAAUUAUUGGAAUCCCUGGGGAAUGGAACUGAUUUUUCUGUUUCUAGCUCUGCAUCAACGGACACAGUUACAUCUUCUUCCUCUUCUAGCCUUUCAGUGCUACCUUCAUCUCUUUCAGUUUUUCAAAAUCCCACAGAUGUGUCACGGAGCAACCCCAAGUCACCACAGAAACCUAUCGUUAGAGUCUUCCUGCCCAACAAACAGAGGACAGUGGUACCUGCAAGGUGUGGAGUUACAGUCCGAGACAGUCUAAAGAAAGCACUGAUGAUGAGAGGUCUAAUCCCAGAGUGCUGUGCUGUUUACAGAAUUCAGGAUGGGUAUGGUUUAGAGAAGAAACCAAUUGGCUGGGACACUGAUAUUUCCUGGCUUACCGGAGAAGAAUUGCAUGUAGAAGUGUUGGAAAAUGUUCCACUUACAACACAUAACUUUGUACGGAAAACUUUUUUCACCUUAGCAUUUUGUGACUUUUGUCGAAAGCUGCUUUUCCAGGGUUUCCGCUGUCAAACAUGUGGUUAUAAAUUUCACCAGCGUUGUAGUACAGAGGUCCCACUGAUGUGUGUUAAUUAUGACCAACUUGAUUUGCUGUUUGUCUCCAAGUUCUUUGAACACCACCCAAUACCACAGGAAGAGGCCUCCUUAGCAGAGACUGCCCUUACAUCUGGAUCAUCCCCCUCUGCACCCCCCUCAGAUUCUAUUGGGCCCCAAAUUCUCACCAGUCCGUCUCCUUCAAAAUCCAUUCCAAUUCCACAGCCCUUCCGACCAGCAGAUGAAGAUCAUCGAAAUCAAUUCGGGCAACGAGACCGGUCCUCAUCAGCUCCCAAUGUGCAUAUAAACACAAUAGAACCUGUUAAUAUUGAUGACUUGAUUAGAGACCCAGGGUUUCGUAGUGAUGGAGGAUCCACCACAGGUUUAUCUGCCACACCCCCUGCCUCAUUACCUGGCUCACUCACUAAUGUGAAAGCCUUACAGAAAUCUCCAGGACCUCAGCGGGAAAGGAAGUCAUCUUCAUCCUCAGAAGACAGGAAUCGAAUGAAAACACUUGGUAGACGGGAUUCAAGUGAUGAUUGGGAGAUUCCUGAUGGGCAGAUUACAGUGGGACAAAGAAUUGGAUCCGGAUCAUUUGGAACAGUCUACAAGGGAAAGUGGCAUGGUGAUGUGGCAGUGAAAAUGUUGAAUGUGACAGCACCUACACCUCAGCAGUUACAAGCCUUCAAAAAUGAAGUAGGAGUACUCAGGAAAACACGACAUGUGAAUAUCCUACUCUUCAUGGGCUAUUCCACAAAGCCACAACUGGCUAUUGUUACCCAGUGGUGUGAGGGCUCCAGCUUAUAUCACCAUCUCCACAUCAUUGAGACCAAAUUUGAGAUGAUCAAACUUAUAGAUAUUGCACGGCAGACUGCACAGGGCAUGGAUUACUUACACGCCAAGUCAAUCAUCCACAGAGACCUCAAGAGUAAUAAUAUAUUUCUUCAUGAAGACCUCACAGUAAAAAUAGGUGAUUUUGGUCUAGCCACAGUGAAAUCUCGAUGGAGUGGGUCCCAUCAGUUUGAACAGUUGUCUGGAUCCAUUUUGUGGAUGGCACCAGAAGUAAUCAGAAUGCAAGAUAAAAACCCGUACAGCUUUCAGUCAGAUGUGUAUGCUUUUGGGAUUGUUCUGUAUGAAUUGAUGACUGGACAGUUACCUUAUUCAAAUAUCAACAACAGGGACCAGAUAAUUUUUAUGGUGGGACGAGGAUACCUAUCUCCAGAUCUCAGUAAGGUACGGAGUAACUGUCCAAAAGCAAUGAAGAGAUUAAUGGCAGAGUGCCUCAAAAAGAAAAGAGAUGAAAGACCACUCUUUCCCCAAAUUCUCGCCUCUAUUGAGCUGCUGGCCCGCUCAUUGCCAAAAAUUCACCGCAGUGCAUCAGAACCCUCCUUGAAUCGGGCUGGUUUCCAAACAGAGGAUUUUAGUCUAUAUGCUUGUGCUUCUCCAAAAACACCCAUCCAGGCAGGGGGAUAUGGAGAAUUUGCAGCCUUCAAGUAGCCACACCAUCAUGGCAGCAUCUACUCUUAUUUCUUAAGUCUUGUGUUCGUACAAUUUGUUAACAUCAAAACACAGUUCUGUUCUCAAAUCUUUUUUUAAAGAUACAAAAUUUUCAAUGCAUAAGCUGAUGUGGAACAGAAUGGAAUUUCCCAUCCAACAAAAGAGGGAAGAAUGUUUUAGGAACCAGAAUUCUCUGCUGCCAGUGUUUCUUCUUCAACACAAAUACCGAGUGCAUACAAGUCUGCCCACUCCCAGGAAGAAAAAGGAGAAACCCUGAAUUCUGACCUUUUGAUGGUCAGGCAUGAUGGAAAGAAACUGCUGCUACAGCUUGGGCGAUUUGCUAUGGAAAGUCUGCCAGUCAACUUUGCCCUUCUAACCACCAGAUCAAUAUGUGGCUGAUCAUCUGAUGGGGCAAUUUCAAUCACCAAGCAUCGUUCUCUUUCCUGUUCUGGGAUUUUGUUGUGGAGCUCUUUCCCCUAGCCACCACCGGUUAAUUUCUGAGGGAUGGAACAAAAAUGCAGCUUGCCCUUUCUGUGUGGUGUGUGUUCAGUCCUUGACAAAUUUCAAAAUGGAGCUUUUUCAUUUAAAUGGAGGAUGAGCAGUGAGGAGGAGAUACAUUUUGGUGUAGAGGAAAAGGGCAUGCUGCAUCUUUUUCCUGACCUCCUGGGUCUCUGGCCUUUGGUUUCCUUGCUCACUGAGGGGUCUGCCUAACCAAGCAGGCUGGAGACUGCUGGCACACAUUGCCUUCUUUUUCACUGGGUCCAGCAAUGAAGACAAGUUCUGGGGAUCUUUUUCCUCCACAGUGUAGCAAAUUCUCAGGAAAAUAAUGUUUAUAUCUUCCUCCUAAGCUCUUCCAGUCACCAAGUACUUAUGUGACUACUUUGUCCAGGGCACAAAAUGCCAUGGCAGCAUCUAACUAAAAGCCUACAAAACUGCUUAAUAACAGUUACGAAUGUGAGAAAUUUAUGUAAUUUAAAUGUAAGGUACAGGUUUUAAUUUCUAAGUUCUAUUUUUAUUAAAAAGAAAAUAAUUUUCAGCUUUAAUUGAAUUGGAAUAAAAUAAUACUUCCCACCAGAAUUAUAUAUCCUGAAAAUUGUAUUUUUGUUAUAUAAACACCUUUUAAAGAAAGGUCAUUAUCCAUUUCUCUACCUUAAUAUGGGGAGUCCUAGCAUAAUGACAAAUAUUUAUAAUUUUUAAAUUAACGGUACUUGCUGGAUCCACACUAACAUCUUUGCUAAUAAUCUCAUUGUUUCUUCCAACUUCUUCCUAUACUACAUCCUACAUCCUCUUUCUAGUCUUUUAUCUAGAAUAUGCAACCUAAAAUAAAAAUGGUGGUAUCUCCAUUCAUUCUCCUCCUUCCUUUUUUCCCAGGCCUGGUCUUCAAAAGGUUGGGUAAUUUGGCAGCUGAGUUUCAGGCAGAAAAUAAAGCAAUUUUAGGAAUAUUUGGAAUGAGGGAAGAUGUGGGAAGCCUAUCAUCAGUUGUUUUUGUAGAAAGAGCUGAUGUGGUAUUAAGAACCUAAAUCUUUCUUAUCUUUGCACAAAUGGAAAAUAUAACCUAGUCAUAGCUUCCCUUGGCCUUUAUUAAAGGGUAGUAUAAAUCACGGUAGUGACUCUGGAUGUAUUAAUGGCAAAUUAAUGGAAUUACCUCCCUGAGUCUAGAAUCAGGAUUUGGGAAUGUAAAUCAAAUCAGAUGUACUUAACCCAACCAAGCUAUAGCCAAGGUAUCUGAAAGAAAUUAGGGCCUAACAUAAAUCAGGGAAUUAGAAAUUGUUAUUUAAAUUUUUCAGAUUGUAACUCCUGGCCCUGCUGUGUAUCUUUCAGCCUACUAAAAGCUCACUACCAUUAGAUGGUUUUUGCUAAAAUACCUGUAUUCAGAGGAAGGCCUACUGAAAACUUCAUGGAUUUGUAAAAGCUUGUCCUAGUAAAAUGGAAAAGAUCCCAAAGUUAAUUCAUUUGAAAAGCAAUGUGUUUUUAAGUCUUGCAUGAGCAGAGCAGUGUCGUCCAGAAUUCAGAAAUUGUAAAGAUGGAAAUGAGGUGUGCUGAUUUGAAGAGCAUCUUCUGGGUACGAUGCUGCCUCUCUUGAAACGCAUUCGUUAUUUUUUCUUUUUAAAUAUGUCUCUGUAGAUGCUUUUAAACAUGGCUGUGUUCCCUUUACCAAGAUUGGCUUAAAGUCUCCCUAAGUGAAGAGUGCUGGGCUUUAAGAGCAGGCGUGUGUUCAUUCCGUGUCCUGCUGCGUGGCAGAGACGGGAGCCAGUACGGUUAGGGAGGAAGCUUAGCAUUUGAGUUUUCUAAACAAAAUUCAGUGUAAUACUAUUUUUUUCUUCCCUUUCAUUUUAGAAUAGGUUUCUGUCUCACUUGAAAAGGGGGAGCAGACUUGAUCUUAAAUGUAGCUGUACCCAGAAGCCAGGCUCGGGGUAUUCAGAGAUUUUUAUAGAGAUCUUAAAAAAUAAAAAAUAUAUAUAUUAAAACCUCCCUUUUCUUUCUUUUUUCCAUCAGAUAGUUUUUUUCUCUAGUUUACAAAUGACAUAUGAGUUUUAUUUGCUUAAUGUUUUUUGAUGCUUAGACUACAGAUAGACUUGUUGAGCUCCUAAGAAAAUAUAAGGAAGAAGUCCUUAUUUGUGAAAAGCACUUUAUGAGCAAUUUGUAUAGACAGUAUGUGGCUGCUUCACACUGAUCAUCUUGUAAGGCUAUAACAGUCUUGUCUGUAAAGUGCUGCAGUGCCUUCUGUAGUGUAUUUUAUUUUUGGUAGGGAGAGGUGAAGCCUUCUGAAAAAUUUGAGAGCGACUAUAAAAGAUUGUUUUUAAAAUGUUGUAUUCCUGAUGGACUUUUUUCAUCAUUAAACUAGAGUCUAGGGCCUAGAUCUUUGCCACUGAAAUUAUAUUGACCCAAAAAAGUAGUUUAUAAAAAGGAUUUGUGAAUAGAAAAAUCUAAGGUGAUCGUUUGUUCUGUGUGCACCUUAAAAGAACAUUCUGUCUAGCUGUCAAAUUCUGGUUCCUGAACAUCUGUCCCUGAUCGUAUGUGAGAUCUGAUAGGACAUACUAGGGCAUCCUAGAAAACAAAAUCCCAUAUAAAUUAUAUGUGUUAUAUUUAUGUUGGUGUUGGAGAAGAAAGAGCAUUAUAUAAAGAAAUAAUGUAAGAAUUCAGCACUGUCAACCUGAAAUUUUGUAAAUACUUCCUAGCUUCUGGUUUGGUGCAGUCACAGCUGUUCGAUCACACCGUGUUACCUUGUAUCCGUCAGGCAGCGAGCUGCUGCAUGCCCCUCCUCGGAUCUCACCGCCGUCCUGCUGUACAUCCACCUCGCCCUCCGGCCGCUUGCAGCCUCAUCUCUAGCUUUAGUUUGAAACACAUUGCAGGGUUCAGGUGACCUCUUCAAAAAACUACCUCCUCAGAAUGAGGUAAUGAAUAGUUAUUUAUUUUAAAAUAUGAAAAGUCAGGAGCUCUAGAACAUGAAGAUGAUUUAAAAUUUUAACUUUUUUGUGUACUUGUAUUUGAGCACUCUCGUUUUGUCCUAAAGGGCAUUAUACAUUUAAACAGUAAAACUGUAAAACAGUGUAGCUCAGAGUAUCUGAAUGUUGUUGAAAGUGGUGCCAGAAUCUGUUUAGGGGUACGUUUCAGAAUCUUAACCUUAAGUCAGUUGCAUGAAAUUAAAUAGUUAUGGUAUCACUUCACUAACAGUGAUAUAAUUUUAAUUUUCAGUAGGCUUGGCAAGACAGUACAUCUUCAUAAUGUUAGCCACAGCUUUGUCACAUGCACAGAUAUUUAUACAGAGAGACUGCCCAGCUAAGAGGGUAGAAUGAUUACCCUUUCUGCAAGAUUCUCUUCUUUGUCCCAGUUGGCAUUGUUAGUGCUAGAAUAUCAGCACCUUGAAACUAGCAGAUUCCAACCACUAGAUUAUAAGAAACCAUAGCCAGAGAUGGAAGGUUUACUGUGAGUAAAUGAACAGCAAAUCGCUUACAGGUCAUAUAUUGAAAUGGUGUAGGUGAGGCUCUAGAAAAAUACCUUGACAAUUUGCCAAAUGCUCUUACUGUGCCUUCAUGAUGCAAUAAAAAAGCUAAAAUUUUAGCAGAAAUCAGUGAUUUGUGAAGAAAGCAGCCACUCUGGUUUAACUCAGCUGUGUUAAUAUUUUUUAGAGUGCAAUUUAGACUGCAAAGAUAAAUGCACUAAAAAGUUUAUAGCCAAAAUCACAUUUAAAAAUGAGAAAACAGACAGGUAAAUUUUCAGUGAACAAAAUUAUUUUUUUAAAGCACAUAAUCCCUAGUAUAGUCAGAUGUAUUUAUCACAUAGAGCAGCUAGGUUGAAAAUAUAGUUCAGUGACAUUUCUAGAGAAACUUUUUCUACUCCUAUAGGUUCUUCAAAGCAUGGAACUUUUAUACAACAGAAAUGUUUGACAGAAAUUUCGAGAAACCGCUGUAGUUUAGAGUUGAAGUACUGUAUGCUGGGCAGCAAUCAUGUAUUAACUUAGAAGGGGAAAUUAAAAAUAUAGGACAGAAUUUGAUUUUAUCAGUUUCCAGAGUACUGCUGCCAACCUAGACACUGAUUUUUCAGAGUUUGAAAUACAAACUUGCCUCCCAGGACUUGUUUGCAAAUAAAGCUGGACUGCACAAGUAAUCCUGCUGCGGUGCGCUGUGGGGGCCGGGGGGGUCUCUGGAGGCGUCCUUUCUGACCUGGUUGGUGUCACUGGACGUCCUCCGUGGUGUGGUUCUCGUAUCUUGUUUCAUUUCUCACCACCCCCAAGAAAGUCGAUGUAUCGUCUCCAGCGCGUCCUUGAGAUGUUUUAUUGAGAUGUGUUGCUGAUGCCUGUAGGUAGUUGAGCCCCAGAGGAGGGUUGUAGCAUCCCUGCCUGCAGAGGCAAUGAUUUGUAGGUUUGGCCAGAAGAGAGUGAAGUGGCCAGUGUAUUCAUAGUCCAUGUUGCUAACUCUGGUAAAAUUGAAAAUGCUGUUGUGUUAGAUUUUUGUUAUAUUAGUACGUUAGACAAAGUAAGCUUUGUUUUAUUGUUUUCAAAUAACCCAUUUUCACUUCUGUUUGGGCAAAGGCAUUAAAAUUGAAAUUCAGUCCUAAUUUUUAUUAAUUGUGGAAAGGGUAAUUAACAGUUCCUAUCAGGUGUUUUUAAGGUAGAAGAGGACAAAUUGAAGUCCUAAAAUCUUCUAUCAUGGUAACAGUGCUUUAAAAAACGCAUAGGGACAAGUUAGUCCCUACCUCAACAAAGUGAUUAAAGUAGAUCCUUUAUUUCAGCAUCCACAACAACUGUUAACCUAGUUUUAUUAAUUAUUAAAUCAGGUUUUUUAAUGUUACUUUUAUUUAGCUGUUUUGAUAAAUUACAAUGAUAGGACCAGUUGUGUAUGAGGACACAGCCAUUGUAAGCCAGUGUAUCCAUUUUUUGUGGUGCAUUUUUUUAAAAGAAUUUUGUAGAUUGAAGUGCUACUAAAAUGUUUAUUCAUGUUAGUAUCAAAAGAAUUUUGUGUGCAAACCAUCUGCUUCUCCUGGCAGGCUGAGUACAUUCUCCAGCACCCAUGAGCACUGGUUCUCAUCCACAGUGCGUACGCCAGAGAGGUGGCAAGGGAAGGGUCUGUUUACAGGGGUGGGAACGGGAGUUAUGAUUAAGUUGCUUAGUCCCAGGUUUGUUUUGAAAAUUUGUUGCAUUUGUGUAUUAAGACUUUUUGAGCUCACAUGUGUUUUGGUGGAGUAUGAGUUACAUAGAUGGAAACUGCAGACUAGGAUAAGCUACAAAGCUCACAGACUAGGUAGGCACAGACGUAGAGAAAGUAGACCAAAAUGGGGUGAGGUGGGAGUAAGUCUGGGGAUAGGGAAAAAUUAAUGGGAGGGUAGGGAACAAACUAUUAGUACCUGAAAUAAAAUGUAAGAGUGCAAUAAGUGUGCUUUUUAUUCUAAGCUGUGAACGGUUUUUUUUUUUAAAAAUCAUUCCUCCCUAAUACAUUUGUGUAUGUUCCAUAGCUGAUUAAAACCAGCUAUGUAAACAUAUAAUGCCUUUUUAUUCGUGUUAAUUACCAACAUAAGUGGCUAACCUUUGUCUUAUUUAUCUUCAUGUUAUAUUAGUUUACAAAUGGGUGUGUGCGAGUAUGUUGUACCCUUUUCCUUCCUUCACCUGAAAAUGCAUUCAUUGGGUCCUCUGUGUUUCCUUUGGCCAUGCCACAUGGUCUAGUCUCGGUUUGGCCUUCAUGAUAUCGCCUGAUUUGAAGGACUGUAUCACAGUGAUAUGUGUUUGUGGUGAUCUCAUUUGUUGGUUGUACAUCUGAUCCUUUCCUCACACAGCAACUGCUGUUUUUCCUAAGAUAGGAUCAUACAACUGAUCAGGGGAUUGAAGUUUAUCAUUCAUCAACAUGUGUCUCUUUGAAUUCUAUUCAGUAGUUGUGAUUGCUCUUUGGUUUAGACCAAGAAAAAGGAAAAUCCUGCCUUUUCAUGUAUUCCUUGGUUUGAGGACAAGUCUCCUGCAAGGGAGAGGAAAGGGAAAUGUUUCAUAUUUGAACUGCAGUGAAUUAAUGGCUCUUGUUUCACCACUCCAAACCUGUGGCAAUUCACAUACACAUUCCUCUCUUCUCCGUUACUGCCAAAGGUUUGGGUUUAGUUCACUUCAGUUCCACUCAAGCAUUGUGAAAAGGUUCUCAUGGAGUCUGGGGUAUGCCCAGUGAAAAGAUGGGGACUUUUUAACUGUCCACAGACCUCUCUAUACCUGCUUUGCAAAAAUUAUAAUGGAGUAACUAUUUUUAAAGCUUAUUUUUCAAUUCAUAAAAAAAGACAUUUAUUUUCAGUCAAAUGGAUGAUGUCUCCCUCUUGUCCCUUAAUCCUCAAUGUUUGCUUGAAUCUUUUUUUUCUUUUUUUUAAUCUUCCCCAUACCCACUUCUUGAUACUUUGGUUCUCUUUCCUGCUCAGGUCCCUUCAUUUGUACUUCGGAGUUUUUCUCAUGUAAAUUUGUAUAAUGGAAAAUAUUGUUCAGUUUGAAUAGAAAGCAUGAAGAAUUAAAUAAAAAAGAUAGCUGAAAUUCAGAUUGAAGAAAUUUAUUUCUGUGUAAAGUUAUUUAAAAACUCUGUAUUAUAUAAAAGGCAAAAAGUUCUAUGUACUUGAUGUGAAUAUGCGAAUACUGCUAUAAUAAAGAUUGACUGCAUGGA